CGGCCGCCGGUCCGCGCGGCGCACGUGCCGCGGGCGAGCCGAGCCGGGCAGGUUCACGCGCCCCGCCGGAUGCGGCGGGCUCGCGAUCACAGCUCGCAGGUGGGCAGGUCUCCGCGCGCAACCUCCUCGUCUAUGGAUUCGUGUUUCUCGGCGAAACGAAGAGUUUUCCCCGCUGGUGCCGCGAGUCAGAGCCGUUCCAGGGAAAAACUCAACAGAAACACGAGAGGAGGAGGGUACGAAGUGGGGGAGGGAUCGCUGGGAGAUCGCGUGGAAAGUCCCUCUCUGCCAUAUUCCUGAAAGUCGAGUUCCCAGUGCCGAUCGUGCUGCUCAAUGUCCCACGGAGGAGCUUCACUGUGAAGACCCGCGAUGCAGUGGCGGUCCUGGGCAUCUCUCUUCUGCCUCCUGCUGCUGGGGGAAAGAACUGCAGUGUGCCGCUCCGAGGCGCCGUGCCCGGUGUCUCCGGUGGGGGCGCAUCACCCUGUGCAGGGUCUGCUAGAGAGCUUCGGGGCAGGUCUUGGCUGUGCGGCUAGGGAGAGCGGGGCGAAAGAGACCCACGUGAUCUCCGUAGGAGGAGGAGGCGCCCUGGACCGGCCAAGCAAGGUGACCGUAAUCCUGCGGCCCCUGUUCUACUCCCGCCCCUCCGCCCGCCCUGUGAUGCUCGUGUUGAGCUCCCAGCAUGCCGUGUCUUGGUGGCUCGAGGGCGAGAGGCUACCUCCUAGCCUCGGAGUGCUGGUGCAGGUUUCAGCUCACUCCAGCGUCCAGUCGAGAGGGGUGGCCCUGCAGGUGGAGCAGAUGCCCUCCCUGCCUUGGCAACCGCGGCGACUGCUGCGCUGGGGCUUGAAGCAUCACUCGUCCAUCUCCUCCCUCAACCACGCAGUCCAUGCCAAUCGGGUGUACCUUCGCCUGGGAGAGGAUCCCACAAUGCCCAGCGUCUGCCAGCUGCAGCCCCUCUUUCUCUCCCACAAUUACCUGACCUCUGUCCUGCAGCCCCAAGAGGUACGAGGCUGCACCCCUGGCAGGGCCGGCGAGCACGUCGAAGUGCACAUAAUAAGGCUGACGUCAGCAGGGUCUGGAAUCUGUGGCUCGCUGCAGGUGGAGGUGCCUGUCUCGGUGCUGCCCCCUACAGCCAACGCCGGCUGGUACGAGCUGGUGUUGAUCCUCAGCAGCGCAGUCCCUGUGAACUGGGCCCUGAGUGCCAGCGGCCUGCAGGGUCACAUCUCUGUCUAUUCCUCCAACACAGUGUCUCCACUUUACCCUUCAGAGCCUGAUCUGACCAUGACCAGCACGCUUAACCCAAACCUCCACGUGACCCGUGACCUGGUGGCCUGGGCCAAGCAGCAGGGCUUCCCUGCGGCGACCUCGUACACGGAGGCCGACCUGGCCAAUCGCUUUGUGAUCCGGCUGGCGAGGGCAGAACCAGGCCGUGUUCCCUCCAUGCACUCCCUGGCUGCAUGGUCUGGGGCAGGGCAAGGGUGGGGGCAGGACAGCAGGCUGAGGCAAUGGCUGAGACAACAAGGGAGUACCGCGUACGCCGGGGUUGCGGUCAGCGAGGCAGCGAGCGCACAGUGUCACGACGGGCAGCUCAGCGUGGCCGUCGACGCCGGUGUCCUGCAGCUUCUGCCUUCUGCGGUAUCCGGCGUAACGCUGCGUGACCCCCGAUGCCAGGCGCAGUUCAACGGCACCCACUUCCUGUUGGUGUUCCCAGUGAUUUCCUGUGGGACAGACAUUGUGCUAGAGGGACAGCCGAGAGGGGUGCGGUACAAAAACAUGGUGCUGGUAUGGAAGGAGAGGUCCUUGGACCCAGACCACAAAGACCACAAUGGGAAAGGAGAGGAGCAAAUCCCACUGAUUAUACAGAUCAGCUGUUUUGCUUUGGUGCCCCGCCCCUCCAGCAGCCCCCUAGGGCUGCGGCCCCCACCUCAGGGAGCCAGGGGCCUUUGGGCCCAGCAAGGGGCAAGAGGACCAGGUGUAUUGGAUGGCCCGACAUCAACGCCGCUCCUGUCCCUGCAGCUCUUUGUGACAGAGGCUUACAAGCAGAGGGAGACGGGACCCUGUGUCAUCGCCGCCAAGAGUCGGCUCUACGUGGAGGUAUCUGCAAAGGGCACUGUGACCGGGGCUGUUGAGGUCUGGUCCUGUGUGGUUUCACCCCUGUCAGACCCCCAGGCAGCUCCAGGCUGGACAGUCAUCCAGGAUGGCUGUUCUUAUGACCCCACGUUGACACUGAUUACAAUGCGCCAAAACAGAGAGAGAGGGGGGAGGAACAAUGGCACAAGCACCCACAGCAGUGAGAGGACACAGGAAGCCGAGCUGGAUGUAGCAGGACGCGGGACGAGAGACAAGGGUGAAAGAGAGCCAGCGGGCACGGGAAAUAAGGAAAGGCGAAGAAAGACGAGAAAGAAAGGAGGCAAAGCAGAGGAGGUAGAAGAUCCGGAAAAGGGGGCGGAGGGGGGAGAAGAGAUGGCCCGACCUCCUCGGCGCCUACGGUUCAGUUUCGUGUUGCGGCCUGUCUAUAACAACUCCAUUCAGUUCCUGCACUGCAGGCUCCGGCACUGCGAUGCAGACUCCGCCCCCACCUCCAACAGCACUCCUCCCCCACCCACUGGAGCCGCUCCACUCACUGGCUGCCAAGAAGGCCUUCGCAUCCCAGCCCUCAUUUCUCCACCCAACCCCAGCUACAAAAAGUGCUACUACAGGACUCUGUUCAGACCCAUGGUGGUGACUGAGCCUGUGGCAGUGUCCCGUUCCCUUGUACCUUCUGCUGGUCAGACUGCCUUCAGGCCCAGAAUGAUGUCGCAUUCUAAGCCAAGUCCUCAAGGUGGCGGUCCUGGAUUUGACACCGGCUCCGUGGUGGGGAUUGUAUUUGCCGCUUUCUUGAUGGGAAUCAGUGUUAUGGGGGCCCUCUGGUGCAUCUACAGCCACACAGGGAUCGCUGGGAUGGCUCCGGUUCCGAGAAGAAGCAGCCCGAUGGACACCGCAGAGCAAACGUCAACCUCUAACAGCCCCGUAUUGCUGGAACAGUCCAGCAGCACGGUGUAGAGGGAAAAAAGGAGGGAAAGGAACAGAAGACGCAACAUCUCAGUUUGAGAGUGUGUGAGAGAGCGAGUGCGUGACCGAGUGAGGGAGGAAGAUGACGUGGUCGCCGUUAGUUGUUUAACCUCUGCCUCCAGCAUGUUCAUCUCCCUCCCAAGUGUGAAAGCCCAUGUUUAGAAUGCAGCUAUGGUAGUAAGUUACAAGCUAUUGCUCAAACUUGCCUGACAGCUGGAGACUCUGGAAGAAGGUGAAUAAACCCAAGAGUACUGCACAAGUAACAAGCUAGGAAAGUAACUCAACUGAGCACGACUGUAAGCUAUAAUGUUUCGAAUGAGGGCAAAAUUGUGUAAAAAUGGUGGAGAGGACACUAAUACUUACAUGCGCAACUGUGUUUACUUUCUUUGGCCCCGUUUGUUUUCUCAGUAAGUUACACGGCACGGUGAGGUACUUGAGGGGCUGCUGGAACAGUAUUGUCUUUUAAACUCAAAACACUGUUUGAUGUAAAAUAAAACGGGAUUCGCUCUACUUUUUCUGUUCAUGUAUAGCGGCAGCCUACAGACUAUACUGCUAUGAAUUUACUAAAAGGAAACCAGCACCCAUGGACAUUUUUAAAUAAGAGUUCUGAGUUUGGUCA